CCGUUUCCUCGGACAUGACGACAGAGUGUCAACAUGCAAGAUGGCGGCGCAUCACCGACAGAACACGGCGGGGCGGCGGAAAGUGCAGGUCUCCUAUGUAAUUAGAGAUGAAGUGGAGAAGUACAAUCGAAAUGGUGUAAAUGCGCUGCAGUUGGACCCAGCAUUAAACAGACUCUUCACAGCAGGCCGUGACUCCAUCAUCAGGAUAUGGAGCGUCAACCAGCACAAGCAAGACCCUUAUAUAGCAUCUAUGGAACAUCAUACAGAUUGGGUGAAUGAUAUUGUACUCUGUUGCAAUGGCAAGACUUUAAUAUCUGCUUCUUCUGAUACUACUGUUAAAGUAUGGAAUGCACACAAGGGAUUUUGCAUGUCCACACUACGGACGCAUAAGGAUUAUGUGAAAGCCUUGGCAUAUGCAAAAGACAAAGAAUUGGUUGCGUCUGCUGGGCUGGACAGACAGAUAUUCCUCUGGGAUGUAAAUACACUAACAGCACUGACUGCCUCAAAUAACACUGUCACAACUUCCUCUCUCAGUGGGAACAAAGAUUCUAUCUACAGCCUUGCCAUGAAUCAGAUGGGAACAGUAAUUGUAUCAGGGUCCACUGAAAAGGUUUUAAGGGUUUGGGAUCCCAGAACCUGUGCGAAGCUUAUGAAACUUAAGGGGCACACAGACAACGUUAAAGCUUUGCUGUUGAACAGAGAUGGCACACAGUGUCUUUCUGGCAGUUCUGACGGGACCAUCCGACUCUGGUCUCUCGGUCAGCAGAGGUGCAUAGCUACCUACAGAGUCCAUGAUGAAGGGGUGUGGGCCCUGCAGGUCAACGAAGCCUUCACUCAUGUUUAUUCGGGUGGAAGAGACAGAAAAAUAUAUUGUACAGAUUUACGGAAUCCUGAUAUCCGGGUGCUCAUCUGUGAAGAAAAGGCACCCGUUCUCAAGAUGGAACUAGAUCGAUCCGCAGAUCCUCCUCCAGCUCUUUGGGUUGCCACAACUAAAUCUUCAGUGAACAAAUGGACUUUGAAGGGAAUUCACAACUUCAGAGCUUCGGGGGACUAUGACAACGACUGUACUAAUCCAAUUACACCCCUUUGCACACAGCCUGACCAAGUAAUUAAAGGAGGUGCUAGUAUUAUUCAGUGCCACAUUCUCAAUGACAAGCGACACAUACUAACCAAAGAUACGAAUAACAACGUGGCAUACUGGGACGUGUUAAAGGCAUGUAAAGUAGAAGAUCUUGGGAAAGUGGACUUUGAAGAAGAAAUUAAGAAAAGGUUUAAAAUGGUGUACGUGCCAAACUGGUUCUCGGUAGACUUAAAAACCGGGAUGUUGACCAUUACUUUAGACGAGAGUGACUGCUUUGCGGCUUGGGUCUCGGCAAAAGAUGCUGGGUUCAGCAGUCCAGAUGGAUCUGAUCCUAAAUUGAACCUUGGAGGGCUUUUGCUGCAGGCGCUCUUAGAAUAUUGGCCCCGAACACACAUCAAUCCGAUGGACGAAGAAGAAAAUGAAAUGAACCAUGUGAAUGGUGAGCAGGAAAACAGAGUGCAGAAAGGAAAUGGAUACUUCCAAGUGCCACCCCACACCCCCGUUAUCUUUGGUGAAGCUGGAGGACGCACUUUGUUCAGGUUAUUAUGUCGGGAUUCCGGCGGUGAAACUGAAUCCAUGCUCCUUAAUGAAACCGUGCCACAAUGGGUAAUUGACAUCACUGUGGAUAAAAAUAUGCCAAAAUUCAAUAAGAUUCCCUUCUACCUCCAACCUCAUUCGUCCUCUGGGGCAAAAACGUUGAAGAAGGAUCGGCUGUCAGCCAGCGAUAUGUUGCAAGUCAGGAAGGUGAUGGAGCACGUGUAUGAAAAAAUAAUAAACCUGGACAACGAAUCCCAGACAACCAGCUCUUCCAACAACGAAAAAGCCGGAGAACAAGAGAAAGAGGAGGACAUUGCAGUUUUAGCAGAAGAGAAAAUCGAACUCUUGUGCCAGGACCAGGUUUUGGAUCCAAACAUGGACCUUCGAACCGUCAAACACUUCAUAUGGAAGAGCGGUGGAGACUUGACCCUCCACUACCGCCAGAAGUCAACGUGAAAGCCAAGCGAUGGGCCCCAACUGGUUGUUAACCUACCUGACUUCCUCUUCUGGUUCCAGCUGUAGUGCUCUAGAAGCCCACUGAAACCCCUAACGUAGAUCUGACACUUCUAAUGCCUCGGUGCGGACGGAAUCUACGUUGAAGUGACUAAUAAAUCUGUAAUAUAGACGAAUCUCUAUGACCUAAACUAAGUCUGUCCUUAUCAAGGUUCAAGUGAGAGUGAAAUGCGAAGCCCUUAAGUGGUUCAUGUUAUGAGGUGUACAGAGACCAGAUGAUCCAGUGCAGAUGUUUGCUUCCAUAUUCUGUGGGGCUCUUGAUUUCAGUUAUUUCAAGGAUCCUUCCCUUCGUUUGCUCAAGCUUAAUAUGAAAACACUUCCUUGGCCCUGCUGCUCAUUUGUUCACAUUGUAAACAACUGCAUGUGCUGGACCUCAUCUAGACAUUCCAUGUAUACACUCCAUCCUUUUCAUCAAAGCAAAUUUGGCCCUUUACUUACUAGAAAAAUCUGUUGUACAGUUGAGCACAACAGCCUCUAUUGUACAAGCUGAAGGUACUGAUGCCCUUUAGACUUGUUGAUACUGUGAGCUUGUAAGAAAAGCGUUUGGUAUUUGAAGUUUUAAAACUUGUAGUUGGUGUGAUCACAGGGUCAGUACAAUGGUGCAGUGCAUCAUGAUGGAAUAUUUCAACACCUUGAACUCGAUUUUUAAAAAAUAAAUGUCGCUUUGGUACUGUCUGCUUUUUUUGUCCUUUGAAGUGACUUGCUAGUCACAAUUCCAAGUAAUUGUGCUCUACAUUUCUGACAACUUGGCAAAAUCUCCAGGAACUUUAUGGAAAACACCAUAGUCAUGAUAGCAAAAACAAUUUGCAGUUUUUCCUACUGUGGUUUUUAUAUGCAUUUUCGGGAUUAUUUUUGUUGUAAGCUGUAUACAGUUUAGUUUUUUCUUUUCCACUGUUUCUAAAACAUCUUACAGCUUUUUUUUAAAAUAUAUACUUAUCAUAGAAAAUUUGUUUGGAGGUAGGGAAGGGGAGUAUUUCAAUGUUUGGGCUAGAAACUGUAAAUUGCAAUUGGAAAAAGGUUUGAUGGGAACACACGUUAAUAUCCUGAUGACAAAAUUCCAUGGAACGGUCCUUAUCAGAAACAGAAGCACAAGUGCCUUUCAGGGGCAAUAUAGAAAAGGUAUCCCCCUCCCCAUUAAUAUUGUUCCCUUCUUGUAUAGUGACCGCUGAGAUGUUACAGCCUCUAGUACAUCUUAAUUCCUGUAGUUAUGCAGUGAGUUUACAGGACAACGAGGGCCCCGAGUCUGUUAGAUCUGUAGAAUGAGAGCUACUCCGGUUAGUUAGGCAGUCAAGCAGUAGGUUGGUGGAAUUGUGUGGUUGUGUUCAUGUACAUUUGCUCUGGCCCACAAACCAGCAGUGCCAGAAUGGGAGGUAGUCUAGAAAUGAGAGCUGCUCUCAGCUGUGACAAAACAGACAUCUCCAGAGGCCCUUCCCACCAGAAGACUGCAGCUGCCUUUUUAUUUUUUGCUUUUCCCCUCAAAGACCCUUCCCUCUUUUGGGGGAAGAGUUUGUUCUCUCCAUUCUGAGCAGUAGAAGGACCAAGUGAGCAAACUAAAACCCCUCCUGCCUUUGUUUGGCCUUGCACAGAGAGUAACCACAUUACCUCCCCUGUUCAUGUUUACUUGUGUUUUCAGAAUACUGAGGCAGCUGCCAUGCUGCACAGAUACAGCGUGGAUUUGCCCUACGUUGGCAACCAUGUGCAAAGUGUGGUCAUAAGAAUGAAGCCAGUAUACAUCUUUUCCAACUUGUAAAUCCUUUUUUGUGUGUACAAAAAUCUAGUCUGCUGCACUUAGGUUAUAUCACACUUCAAUGAAAUGUGAAUUCAUUGGCUUAAUUGGACUGUACGUUGUUUUCUUUUUAUUAACGGAGGGGAGGGGGCGGUUUGUGCUUUGUUCUUAUAGAGACCAGUUCUGGAUUUCUUGCUGUCCUUACACAUUCACUGAAAGUAGCUCUCCUGCUCUUCCUCCUGCCCCCCCCCCUUGGGUUUUAAAAAUCAGCCAAGGUUCUAAACUUGUCUCUACACUCCCAAUUAUGUAAUGUAGUUUCUGGAAAGAUUGACAGAGGAUCUGUAACGCCAAAAGGAUGAAUAUGUAUUUCACAGUUGUAUAGAAUAAACAAACUUUAGCUAACA